CCGCCGUGAGCCGGGCUGGGGAAGGAGGAAGUAGGUAGGCGCAGAGCGCGGUCCCCGCCUGCCCGCCCCGAGCCAUGUGAAGAUGAGACAGGAAUCUGUGCCAUCCAAAUUGUUUGAUCCAGUGAAUCUGCAAGAAAAGGUCUCUGAGGCCCCUGUGUGCUGACUGCAUGAGAAACCCUAAAGGAAAUGCCAGUCGUCAUGGCCCGGGACCUGGAAGAAACAGCAUCAUCCUCAGAGGAUGAGGAGGUGGUAAGCCAAGAGGAUCAUCCAUGUAUCAUGUGGACUGGAGGCUGCAGGAGAAUUCCAGUUUUGGUAUUCCAUGCUGAGGCUAUUCUGACAAAGGACAACAAUAUUCGAGUAAUUGGAGAACGUUAUCAUUUGUCUUACAAGAUUGUGCGAACGGACAGUCGCCUGGUACGCAGCAUUCUGACAGCCCAUGGAUUUCAUGAAGUUCAUCCAAGUAGCACUGACUAUAAUCUGAUGUGGACAGGAUCCCACCUGAAGCCCUUCUUACUUCGCACCCUCUCUGAAGCGCAAAAGGUUAAUCACUUUCCCAGGUCUUAUGAGCUAACCCGGAAGGACCGACUGUACAAAAACAUCAUUCGAAUGCAGCAUACGCAUGGAUUCAAGGCUUUUCACAUCCUCCCUCAGACCUUUCUCCUGCCAGCCGAGUACGCGGAAUUCUGUAAUUCAUAUUCAAAGGACCGGGGACCUUGGAUAGUAAAACCAGUGGCUUCUUCUAGGGGGCGGGGCGUCUACCUGAUCAACAACCCAAACCAGAUUUCCCUCGAAGAGAACAUCCUGGUCUCCCGUUACAUUAGCAACCCCCUGCUCAUAGAUGAUUUCAAGUUUGACUUGCGCCUCUAUGUGCUUGUGACUUCCUAUGAUCCUCUUGUCAUCUAUCUCUAUGAAGAAGGAUUGGCUAGGUUUGCAACCGUGCGAUAUGAUCAAGGAGCCAAGAACAUUCGGAACCAGUUCAUGCAUCUGACAAACUACAGUGUGAAUAAGAAGAGUGGAGACUAUGUCAGUUGUGAUGAUCCAGAAGUGGAAGAUUAUGGGAAUAAAUGGAGCAUGAGUGCUAUGCUUAGGUACCUGAAACAAGAAGGCAGAGACACAACUGCAUUGAUGGCCCAUGUAGAAGACCUGAUCAUUAAGACUAUAAUCUCUGCUGAACUAGCUAUUGCUACAGCCUGCAAAACUUUUGUUCCUCAUCGCAGCAGUUGUUUUGAACUCUAUGGCUUUGACGUGCUCAUAGAUUCUACUCUGAAGCCAUGGUUAUUGGAAGUGAAUCUCUCUCCUUCUUUGGCUUGUGAUGCACCUCUGGACCUAAAGAUUAAAGCCAGUAUGAUUUCAGAUAUGUUCACGGUUGUAGGAUUUGUGUGCCAAGAUCCUGCCCAGCGGGCAUCAACCCGGCCAAUUUAUCCCACCUUUGAGUCUUCCAGGCGAAAUCCUUUCCAGAAACCUCAGCGUUCCCGUCCACUCUCUGCCAGUGAUGCGGAAAUGAAAAACCUUGUGGGCUCAACCCGGGAGAAAGUGCCGGGGAAGUUAGGUGGUUCUGUGCUUGGUCUGUCAAUGGAGGAGAUCAAAGUUUUACGGAGGGUGAAGGAAGAGAAUGAUCGGAGAGGUGGAUUUAUUCGCAUAUUUCCUACAUCUGAGACAUGGGAAAUAUAUGGGUCCUUUCUCGAGCACAAAACCUCUAUGAACUAUAUGCUGGCAACGCGCCUCUUCCAGGACAGGGGAAACCCAAGAAGAAGCUUAUUGACAGGAAGAACACGAAUGACCGCUGAUGGAGCACCAGAAUUGAAGGUAGAGAGUAUGAAUUCCAAGGCCAAGCUGCAUGCUGCUCUUUACGAAAGGAAGCUCCUGUCUCUGGAGGUGCGAAAACGUAGACGACGGAAUGGCAGAUUGAGGGCAAUGAGGCCAAAAUACCCAGUGAUUACUCAACCAGCUGAAAUGAAUGUUAAAACUGAGACAGAGAGUGAAGAAGAGGAAGAAGUUGCAUUAGACGAUGAAGAACAGGAAGCUUCCCAGGAGGAGUCUGCAGGGUCUCUUGGAGAAAAUCAAGCCAAAUAUACAUCCUCAUUGACUGUUACGGUAGAAAAUUCACCCAAAGAAAAUUCCUUGAAAAUUUCUGAAUGGAAUAAUAAAGGUGAACAAUGCUGCAAAAUUGAGACUCAGGAGCCAGAGCCUAAAUUUAAUCUGAUGCAGAUUCUGCAAGAUAAUGGAAAUCUUAGCAAAGUGCAGGCCCGAAUAGCAUUCUCUGCCUAUCUCCAACAUGUUCAAAUUCGCCUGAUGAAAGACAGUGGAGGUCAGACGUUCAGUGCCAGUUGGGCUGCCAAAGAGGAUGAACAGAUGGAGCUGGUAGUUCGUUUCCUUAAGCGAGCAUCAAGUAACCUCCAGCAUUCACUGAGGAUGGUAUUACCCAGUCGACGAUUGGCACUUCUAGAACGCAGAAGAAUCCUGGCCCACCAACUGGGUGACUUUAUUGUUGUAUACAACAAGGAAACGGAACAGAUGGCUGAAAAGAAAUUGAAGAAGAAACAUGAGGAAGAAGAGGAAGAUGGGGUGAAUACGGAAAGCUUUCAAGAGUUUAUCAGACAAGCAAGUGAGGCUGAACUGGAGGAGGUUUUGACUUUUUACACUCAAAAAAACAAGUCUGCAAGCGUCUUCCUGGGGACUCACUCUAAAAGUUCUAAGAACAGCAACAGUUAUUCUGAUAGUGGGGCAAAAGGUGAUCACCCUGAGACGAUGGAAGAAGUGAAAAUAAAGCCACCCAAACAGCAACAGGCAAUAGAAAUUCAUUGUGAUAAAUUAUCUCGAUUUACCACUUCAGCUGAAAAAGAGGCUAAAUUAGUCUAUACCAAUUCUUCCUCUACUUCUGUCUCUGGUCCUGCUGCUACUCUUCUGCAGAAAAUUCCCAACACCCAUUUGUCAUCUAUUAUUUCAACCUCUGACCUCUCACCAGGGCCUGGCCACCAUUCUUCUUUGUCUCAGAUCCCUCCAGCUAUCCCCAGCAUGCCUCACCAGCCAGCAAUCUUACUGAACACAGGCUCUGACAAUGCUUCUCCCUCUAUACAUCCUGGAACACAGAACAUACCAAGCCCCACUUGCCUGCCACGCUGUCGAUCAGGCAGUUACACCAUUGGCCCCUUUUCCUCUUUCCAAAGUGCUGCACAAAUCUAUAGCCAGAAAUUGUCUCGUCCCUCUUCAGCAAAGGCAGGUUCAUGCCAUCCAAACAAGCAUCAUUCAGGAAUAGCCAAAACACAAAAGGAAGGAGAAGAUGGUUCUUUGUACAGCAAACGGUACAACCAAAGUAUGGUUACAGCUGAACUUCAGCGGCUAGCUGAGAAGCAGGCAGCAAGGCAAUAUUCUCCAUCCAGCCACAUCAAUCUCCUCACUCAACAGGUAACAAACCUGAAUUUGGCAACUGGCAUCAUAAACAGAAGCAGUGCUUCAACUCCUCCCACUCUUCGCCCGGUCAUCAUUCCCAGUGGCCCGACAUGGUCAAUACAAUCAGACCCCCAACCUCUCGAGAACCACUCCAGCCCUCCUGGAAGCAGGAACAUCCAAACAGAUGGCUUUGCCUGGGAGGGAGAGGUAGAGAACAACGCAUAUAGCAAGGCUACAGGGGUGGUCCCCCAGCACAAGUAUCACCCCACAGCGGGCAGUUACCAACUCCACUUUGCCCUGCAGCAACUUGAACAGCAAAAACUUCAGUCCCGCCAGCUUCUGGAUCAGAGUCGAGCCCGGCACCAGGCAAUCUUUGGUAGCCAGACACUGCCUAACUCCAACUUAUGGACAGUUAAUGGUGCAGGCUGCAGAAUUUCAAGUGCCACAGUUAGUGGCCAGAAGCCAACCACUCUGCAACAAAAAGUGGUGCCACCUCCAAGUUCUUCCUCCUCCCUGGUCCCCAAGCCCCCAACCAAUCACAAACAAAUGCUCAAAAAGGCAACAUCCCAGAAGGCUUCCAAAGGGUCCUCCGUAGAAGGGCAGCUGAAUGGACUCCAGAGCAGCCUUAACCCUGCAGCCUUUGUGCCCAUCACCAGCUCCACAGGAUCUUUGGAAGCUCCCCAAGUUAUUUUCGCCAGAUCCAAACCCUUGCCCACACAGUCUGGAGCCCUUGCUACAGUUAUAGGACAGAGAAAAUCAAAGUCGGUGAAGUCAGGGCCAAUUUAAGAUCCUGCUCACACUAAAAGAUGAACCACAAAGACAUGGAGGAAGAACCUAUUCACCACUCCUGGGUGCGUGACUGAGGGUGAAGCAUCCACCAGCACUGCAAGGGGGUCCAUAGUAUUUUUUUGCUGCCUCAGAGUCCCCAGAGCCUUCAAGCAGAAGUGGCAGUAGAUCAGCCAAUCCAGACUUUUACUGGGACAACAGGAAAACAGAUCCUCUGGGUUUUGAUGGAACUCAGAAGUGGGGACGUUCAGCUGCUGCAUUAUUAACCCAUCAGAGCACACAUGUAUCUUUUACCUUCCCUUUACCCCCACCCCCAACCUGCUUAGGUCUUCUCCUGUCCCUUUCCUGCUACUGCACAGAGAUGAUAUAAAAGAGGCUCUUUGGCUAUUUGCAUUUUGCUUCCUCUUCUUUUCCAGAUUGCAGUACUCAGCAAUAUUUUCCUUGUACAAGCUUAAAAUCCCAACAUCAUUAUCUACCAAAGUUGCUCUUCCCUUUCAAGAGGGUCUGGGGUGAGGGAAGAACAUACAUCACAAGUCUCCCAGAGAGAGGAGACCAGUCAGUGUGCUGCUGAUAACAUGAGCCAGGGUAAAGGUACCCUUUCAAAUUACUGAUUUCUAAGAUUAAUAAAGUAAUUCUAUUUCUA